UUCUUUGUAUGCAUUUUUUGAGUUUGUGCAUGAAGUUGCUGUUUUGUUACAUAAGUAUUGUGGUUCUUGAUUUUGGGGUUCUUCAGAUACCUCUGUUUACUGGUGUAAAAAUUUGAUCUUUUUUCUUUUCAGCUGUACUUUGCAACAGAAAUUCUUAGAAUUCAUUUGCUUUUCUUGAGAAUUUUAGAUGAUUGUUUCUUGAUGUAAGUAUUUUUCUCAAAAGGGUGUUGGCUGAUUUGGGUAUUUAACUCAUUGGAAUCUCAUUGCUUUAGUGUUUUGCUGUGGCAAUAUGGAUGGAUUUUAAGCAAAUCAAGAGCUAAGAUGGAGGAGAGUUUUGAGUUUCGUCGAUGGGAUGAAUUGAUUCCUGAUGCACUUGGGCUAAUAUUUAGAAACCUUUCACUUCAAGAGGUAUUAACUAUAGUCCCAAGGGUGUGCAAGUCAUGGGGAAAAGCAGCAAAGGGUCCUUAUUGUUGGCAAGAGAUUGACAUUGAGGAAUGGAGCAAAAAUCGAUGCCCUGAUAACCUUGAUCGUAUGCUUCAAUUGCUUAUUACAAGAAGCUGUGGCUCUCUGCGUAAGCUUUGUGUUUCCAGUCUCUCUCGCGACUCAACCUUCUCAUUCAUUGCAAACAAUGCCAAAUCUCUGCAGAUGUUGCGGUUGCCAAAAAGUGAAAUAGGUGAUUCCGUUGUGGAACAAGUUGUGGGAAUGUUCACGAACAUUACAUUUUUGGAUGUAAGCUACUGCUUAAAAAUAGGAGCCAGAGCCCUUGAAGCUAUAGGGAAGCACUGCAAAUGUCUCACUGGUUUGCGUCGAACAAUGCAUCCCCUUGAGGUUAUUGGCAAGCUAUCCCAAGACGAUGAAGCCUUGGCGAUAUCAAGUACAAUGCCAAAUCUCAAGCAACUGGAGAUUGCCUACAUGUUGGUUGGUACAAGAUGCAUAAUUGAGGUACUUCAAAACUGCAGAAGUCUUGAGCUACUGGAUGUAAGAGGAUGUUGGAAUGUGAACCUCGAUGAUGAUUUCAUGAAGACAUUCCAUCAGCUAAAGGUGGUCGGUCCGAUUGUUGUAGAUUGCUAUGAUGGGAAUGGCUGGGACAAUUGCUCUGACUAUUCAAGUUCUUCUGGCUAUGUACGGUGGGAUUUUGUGGCUGGUGAUGUGGACGAUGACGACUUUGAUGAGAUGUCUGAUGUGUAUUGGGAGGAUGAUCAAGUUAUUGAGGAUGUCGAAAUGUGGUUUUAUGAUGACUUAAAUGUUGUGGACUCUGGAUAUGAUUGGCCGCAAUCUCCUUGAGGUUUGACGAUCAAAUUCUACUUAUUCAAUUUCCACAAGUUCUAAAAAUUGUACUACUCUAUAUAUGAAAGUUAACCUGCUUUCUACAAUGUAUAAAUGUGAAUUCUGUUUUGUGUACCUUUUCCUCUUUUCUUUUUCUGUUCUAUUACAUUCCUGACUCUGUGUACUUACCUAUCUAUUCAUAUAUAACAAAGAUUUCCAUGCAUAUAUUCA